CGUCCGAACGCGCGCCGUCUCCUCCCGCGAGCGCGGAGCGGCGAGCGCGGCGCGGCCAUGGGGAGUGGGAUGAGCCAGAUCCUGCCUGGCCUGUACAUUGGCAACUUUAAAGAUGCAAGAGAUGCAGAACAAUUGAGCAGGAACAAGGUGACACACAUUCUUUCUGUGCAUGACAGUGCCAGGCCCAUGUUGGAGGGAGUUAAAUAUCUGUGUAUUCCAGCAGCGGAUUCACCAUCUCAAAACCUGACAAGACAUUUUAAAGAAAGUAUUAAAUUCAUUCAUGAGUGCCGACUCCAGGGUGAGAGCUGUCUUGUUCACUGCCUGGCUGGGGUCUCUAGGAGCGUCACAUUGGUGAUCGCAUACAUCAUGACUGUCACCGACUUUGGCUGGGAAGAUGCCUUGCACACUGUUCGUGCAGGGAGGUCCUGUGCCAACCCCAACAUGGGCUUCCAAAGGCAGCUACAGGAGUUUGAGAAACAUGAAGUGCACCAGUAUCGGCAGUGGCUGAAAGAAGAAUAUGGAGAGAACCCUUUGCGGGAUGCAGAAGAAGCCAAAAGUAUUCUGGGUAAAUAUAAAGAGCAAGGGCGCAUGGAGCCCCGGCCUAGCACCAGGCGGUGGAGCAACUUUUCAGCCCUGCCUCCUCUCACCUACAAUAACUACACAACAGAGACCUAACAGAGAGAUCUGGUGUUUUCCUUCCUGCUACGGGUCAUCUGGGUUGCCUACAGGCGCUGUGUGCUGGCGCACCUGGUAUGCUGGCUACUGCCUGUGAAAACUACAAAAGGAGGUCACAGCAAGGUGGACCACUCAGGGCUCCUUCCCAAGCAACCCUACCCUGCCCUGCUCAAGGCCUUUUCACUCUGCCUAUCUUCGCCCCAAUCUUGGCCCUACCUGAGCUUGCUGAGCCUGGGAUGCCACUGUGCUGCUGUGUAUUUCCUGUAUGGGUGUAAGAGUGUGUAUGUGCAUGCAUGUGUGUAAGAGUCUACCUAUAUGCCUACAGAUGUGAAAGAGUACACGUGUAAACAUGUCUUUGCAUGUGGGAAUACAGUCGUUAUGGUGCUGAACGUUAUAAUAACCCCUGCUGCCAGAAUUGGGAUGGCCACAUUUUUGUUCAACUCCGAAUGGAAGUUGUUUGAACUUGGCGUCUGGAAAGCUACUCACCAAGUAGUAGCCUAUACCUGUGAUCAGGCAGAACUCAGGGCAUGAGCAGCUGGAAGCAGUGGUGUUCAGAACCUGAGAUGGUGCAGAGGGCGGUGCAGGACCCUCCAAAGGUCCCUGAAAGGCUUAUGUAUAUAGGACCGGGAGGGGCUUUCUAAGCAUUGCCUUGGGCUUGUUAGGUAUGCCAGACCCCGGCCUCCCUGCUGCCUCAAGUCCUCUCUACUUCCCAGACCACCUCAUAUUCCUGAGUUCUACUUGGUGCCUGCUCGGUGUGGGACCAGUGUCUUUUGACUUCCAUGGUGACAUGGUAGCAGGGAGGACCUGAGCCACAAUAGCACUUUGCCAGAGGUCUGGCCUGCUUCCUGUCUGCUUUUACAGACUCCAGCCUCUGGCUGGCCUCAUGUUGCAGGGGCCUCGUCUCAGGUUUGCAGAUACCUGCAGGAAUUGGAAAGAAAGAACAGUUAUUAAAUAUCAUAGCAGUUUGUGUUUUUAAAUGCCUGAGCAUUUACUGAGCUCAUUGGUGUAUGCUGUGGGCUUGAUCUUUGACCUCAGCUACCUCAUUAAAUUGAUUUCAUUUCUCUCUCUCUCUCUCUCUCUCUCUCUCUCUCUCUCUCUAAGGUUGGAGUUUCUUUGGUAUGCCAGCCAAUUCUGCUUUAUAAUUGAAAAUGUUAAUCAUGAUUGCUUUUGUUUUUGAAACCAAAGAGAAAGACAUAUUUAUGUCAUUGAGCUAUUUAAUUUUUUUUAAAUUUGGGCUUCCAUGAGGUUUUCUAGUGUGUCAGAUCCCACAUUCUGGCCAUGAAAGUUCCUCAGCUCAAAACUUGAGGCAUCAGGCACCCCAAGAAGCUCUGUACAGUCCAGUGUCCAAUCGUUUAUACCAGUUCACAUUUGUUAAGCACUCAGAACCAUGUAAAUGAAAAAAUGCACCCUCUCCCUAAAAACUCACCCUCUUCCCAAAAAGAUGCUGCAACAGGUUUGUCUGAAUUCUGUCAUAAAAAGAGCCACUGAGUGAGAAGCAGCAAUCUUCCUGUAUAUUUAGAGGGCGUCAAAGGUGAGCCUUUGGGGGCUCAGGGAGAGUGAGUUUAUGUGCAGGCCCUGUGUGUGUAAUGAGAAAAGGAAAGGUAUCUAAUAACGUGGCAUCUCCAGCUGAAAUGGUUUGCCUUAAGCCAGAAAGGAGUGCAAGUGUGCUGGCUAGAAAGCAUGUAGAGAGAUGCUAGAGCAUCAUGGGCAGAUGUGAGGCUCUGACACUGCAAAGAAAAGCAGGUACAAAGCAAUAGGGUCACAAGUGAAGCCAAAAUAUGUGUGCACAUGUGUGAACAGCUACAUAUAUUUCCGUAGGUUUUCAACUGUCUUAACUUUUGUUGCCAGUAAUGUCCUUUCUCCACAGCCGCCCCGGGAAUUCUGAAGUACUGGGCCUUUCUCAGAAGACUGUAAUGUACCUGAAGCUUCUGAAAUAUUGCAAAGUUCAGGCUGGUGCUGCCAAAAACAAAAGUGACGUAGCGUUUAUUUUUAAGAAUCCAGUAUUGAUUUGUAAACUUGUUUAUUUUUCAUUUUAAACUGAAUGCAUGUAUAAUCAUGUUGGAAUACAUUAAGAACUAUGGAGACUCUGUAGCAAGAGAAAAUAUCUUUGCCUUAACUCCACUGUUGUGGUUGUUCCUUCGACCUCAAGAGCUCUGUCUGUUCCAUAGUAACUACUUCUCAUGAACACUACCAAGGGAGGAAGCCGGCGCCUGGAAAGUGUGCAGUGUGCCCCCUGCCCUCCUGUUAAGUCCUCCAGCUCAAGACAUGUCUCUCGGUGUGUGUUCUAGUCAUGGUGGCUGUUCUCUGUGUAGAACAAUUACCAAAAGAUACUCAGUUUCGAUAUUAAAGGGCGAGUCCACCAACUCUGAA